AUGCGUUGCUGCUCUCAGGUGUACGCGGGCAACGACCUAAACCGUCUCCUUUUCUCUAUCUUUUUGCGGCGCUUGAAGACCUUCGGCAUCGGCCCCGUGCUGCAGGUGCAGCAGCAGGAGCAGCAGCAGCAGCAAGACAAGCGCCUGUGCAUAGCUUGCUUCUCCUUCGGAGCUACUCAGCAGCAGCAACAGGCUGCUGCUUGCCCUCCCUCUUUCUCGGUUAUAGAGAUCCCUGACGUGCCUGCAGCAGCUGCUGCUGCUGCAGCAGCAGCAGCAGCAGCCAAGGAACGAGGAGAAGACCCAGAAGCAGCAGCUGCCUUCGAGCCAACACCAAACCCGCAGCAGCAGCUGAUAGAUCUGCUGCAGGAGCAGCUGCAGAAGUGUAACGAGGGUGGUGGCGGUGCAAACGCUGCAGCAGCAGGAGAUGCUGGUGGUGACGCAACAACAGCAGCAGCAGCAGCAGGAGCAGCAGGAGCAGCAGGAUCGGUGUCUGCUGCGCGGGCCCUUGCUGCUCUAACAGCAGCAACAGCAGCAGCAGCAGCAGCAGAGUAUAAUAAAGCUCUCGUGCGGUCCCUUGCCUGGCAGGCACCGCGCUGCUCGUGGUGGCGAGCACCACUGUAG